AAAUAAAUAAAUAAAUGUAACACUGUGAAUACUUUUCCGGUAAGUAGAAGUAAUGGGAUUCAUAUAUAGAAAUUGAAAGUAUACAUUUUGUGGGCAUUUAUUUCUUUACAGGUGCAUGUUAUGGCAUAAGAAGUUUCACUACUUUGUGAGCAGGGAGGUUUGGAUAUGCAUGGUCUUGCGGUGCUCGGAAAGAGCGGCGGAGUGAGGCCUCUUCGCUUUUCCCCUCCUCUCCGGGCUGGCUCCAGACUCCGGCGGGUCACAUGACAGAGCUGGGAAAACCUCCUGACUCCCCACUCCUCCUCUGCUCUCCUCCACCUCCCUCCCUCUCCCUCUCUCUCCCUCUCUCUCUCUCUUUCGUCUGUCAGUCGGCUGUUCUCUCUCGCUCGGCUUUUUGUGUAUCAUCCCCACCGCCGAGGCAGUGAAGAUGGCGGACACAGCCAGGGACCCUCCGCCGGAGCAAACCGACUUCCAGGAGCUGGAGGACGGGGAGGACCUCUUCCCGGAGCCGGCCGCCGCGCCAGAGCAGUCAGGACCAGCCAGUCUCCCUGCUGAAGAUGUCAGCACAAACUCCAACGGACCCAAACAGGACUCUCUGUUUGACGACGACCCCGAGGAUCUGUUUGCAGAGGCGACAGAGGAAGUUUCCCUGGACAGUCCGGAGAGAGACGUCCUGCUGUCGGACGGCCCGUCGCCCGCCAUCACCCCCAUCACCCCGCCCACCUCCGUCAUCACGCCGCGCAUCGGCCACGCCCACGACGACAUGUUCACACACUCCUCCUUCGACGAGAUUGAAGAGGAGGAGGGCGGCGACUCGUUCGACAUUCACAUAGCAGUGUCCGACCCGGAGAAAGUCGGUGACGGGAUGAACGCCUACAUGGCCUACAAAGUGACUACCAAGACCUCCCUGUCUGUCUUUAAGCAGGGCGAGUUCUCGGUGAAGAGGCGUUUCAGUGACUUCCUGGGGCUGCACAGCAAACUGGCCUCUAAGUAUCUGCACGUCGGCUACAUCGUGCCUCCCGCGCCGGAGAAAAGCAUCGUGGGAAUGACGAAGGUGAAGGUGGGGAAGGAGGACCAGUCGUCCAACGAGUUCGUGGAGAAGAGGAGAUCUGCCCUGGAGAGGUACCUGAUGAGGACGGUCAAACACCCCGUCCUGCUCAAGGAUCCGGACGUCCUGCAGUUUCUGGAAAGCUCCGAGUUGCCGCGGGCCGUCAGCACCCAGGCCCUGAGCAGCGCCGGGCUCCUCCGCAUGGUGAACAAGGCGGCCGACGCCGUCAACAAGAUGACCAUCAAGAUGAACGAGUCAGACGCUUGGUUUGAGGAGAAGCAGCAGCAGUUUGAGAACCUGGACAUCCAGCUGAGGAAACUUCAUGCCAGCGUGGAGUCUCUGGUCUGUCACAGGAAAGAGCUGUCGGUGAACACGGCGCUGUUCGCCAAGUCGGCGGCCAUGCUGGGGAACAGCGAGGACCACACGGCUCUGUCCCGGGCUCUGUCCCAGCUGGCCGAGGUGGAGGAGAAGAUCGACCAGCUGCACCAGGACCAGGCCAACGCCGACUUCUACCUGUUCUCCGAGCUGCUGGGAGACUACGUCCGCCUCAUCACCGCCGUCAAGGGUGUGUUUGAUCACCGGAUGAAGACGUGGCAGAAGUGGCAGGACAGCCAGAUGCUGCUGCAGAAGAAACGAGAAGCCGAGGCCAAACUGCAGUUCACCAACAAGCCCGACAAGCUGCAGCAGGCCAAGGACGAGAUCAAAGAGGAGAUUGAGGAGCUGGAGGGGAAGGUGCAGCAGGGGGAGAGAGACUUUGAGCAGAUCUCCAAAACGAUCCGCAAGGAAGUCAGCCGGUUCGAGAAAGAGAGAGUGAAGGACUUUAAAAGCGUCAUUAUCAAAUACCUGGAGUCUCUGGUCCAGACACAACAGCAGCUGAUAAAGUACUGGGAAGCCUUCCUGCCCGAAGCCAAGGCCAUCUCAUAGAGUCCAGCCACACCAACAGGCAAACUACAGUACCCAUAAUGCACCUCCCGGACCCCCCUCCUCCUCCUCUUCCUCCUCCUCUUCCUCCUCCUCCUGUUUCAGGCUCAGAGGGAAGAAGCGAAGCGAGGAAGCCGGGCGAAUGUUUGGGACUUUUUUCCGCGAUCACGACACACAACGAGAAAAAAUAAUAAACCAACAAACCACUUUGAAGUUUGACUGUGAACGCCUCACAGACUCCAUGCUUUCCUCUCAUGCUGCGUUCAGGUCCAGUGGGAAUAAUACCCGUCGGACAAAAAAAAGCAACACAAUUUUCCCACAACGUCAGACCAAAUCCUGCAGAAAAAAAAGUCUGAUGAAAACGGUGCAUUUAGUUUGUUUUAUCUGAACCAUAUUUACGGUGUAAUCUGCUCAAACGUCCGCUCCUUCCCACGGCACAUGAACGCAGCAUGAGCCUGUGAUGUCAUCAAAAGGUGACUGCUUCCCUUUACACCGCUGUCGGCUGGUUUAUCGUCCGUCUGUCUCGGCACUUGAAUUAGCAGAAAAAAAAAAAACAGCACAUGAGCGUUGUGAGAGCUCCUCUUUCAGCUAGCAGCUAGCGGUUUCCAUUGGUUUCAGUGGGGAAUGCUAACAAUGCUAACAAGCCUCUGAUUCAAAAUGGCUGCAGAGUGAUUUUUUUUUUUUUGUGGUUUGGAUGGAAGCUGUGAAACCUCGCUUCAUUUGCAUUUAAAAGCUUUUAUUUUGGUUGCUGUAUGAUCAUUAGUGAAGGCAACAUUUAUUUUUUUAUUUUGCCUGUUGUUUAUUUUUUUAUUUCUCUCCCUCUCGGCCAAUCAGAGCAGGGACAGAGGCAUCUCACUUCCUGGUUCCUGUCUGAUGGAAACUGUCUGUCUGUUCUUGUUCUUGUUUUUUUUUUUUUUUUUUUUCCCCAUCGAGACGUUUCCGGUUGAUUCUCGUGUUUUUAAGAAAGUGGUUUUGUACGGUUUUUUUUAUGUUUCCGUGGGUCAUGAAAGCAACACGAGGCGUUUACUGUGGUGUGCGUUUUAGUGAUGAAGAAGACAGAUUUUACUGUAAUGCCUGUUUGGGGAAACUAAAGCAAAUCAGUCUGUGUCUGACAUGUGGAAGAUAAAGUCCUCAGUCUGACCAGCGGCCAGAACAACAAAAAACUGAAAAAAAAAAAAAACUCAAAGUAUUAAUUUGAUAAAGACAUGAACAGAGAAAAGGAAGACAGUCUGGACAUUUUAGCGUCUUAGUGAAGCUGGAAUCGCUGUUUGGACCUUUUUCCUGAUAAAUUACUAAAACAGUCGAUUAUCCAAAUUCAAAUGAAUCGAAUCGACUCGCCCUGCCGACCCCGCGGGGACACACACGCGGCCUGCUCUGGGUCCCCCGCCCACAGGUUGGGAACCCCGUCCCGCGGUCAGACCGGAGCCGACGUCCUCCUGCCUCGUUUGUCCUCAGAGCGAAAGACUUUUGACGAUGUGAAGUUGGUUUUCUUCGGGCGCUCCGGCUCGUUAGCGUUGUUAGCAUUUCAUAGUGUUUCCUGGUUCAGUCUCGGCGCAAAAUGCUAACGAUGCUAACUCUCUGUUUUUAUUUUCAAUGAAGGAUUUUCCUGGUGAAGAAACGUUCAGUACCGGAUGAAGUCAGGUUUUUUUUUUUUUUCUUUGUCGUCCAGGUGACAGAAUCCGUCUGUGUCCGUCCGUCCGUCCGUCCGUCCAGCCCUCAGACUGUGAUGAUUAUUAUGGGCUGUUUCUCUUCCUGUUGAUCAGAACUAGAGCUGGGUUCAACCGCAAAUAUUUCCAUAUAAAGUCUAUAAAGAUAUUAAAAAAAAAAAAAAUCUUUUAGUUACUCUGAGUUUUCUUUCACGAUGCCGUUCUCUGUUGGAUAAUUGAAUAAAAAAGCACAUUUUGUGACAUUACAGAUGAAGCUGAAUCAGGCCUCGUUAAUUUGAGUUUUCUGUCAAAAUCCUAAAUGAUAUUUCAUCUCUUGUCGAAACUGAAACUGGAAAAUGUUGAUUUUUUUUUUCUGUUUGUUUUGUUUUUUUUAAAUUUUGUCAAUGGCCAGCUCUCAUUCACACUACUCCUCCGUCUCAAUCAUAUAACACUGUGUUGAUUGCUACUUUUUGUAUUUUAUUCCAUGUUUUAUUCUGUGUUUUUUUGCCACCUAAUGAUGUGCAAUGGUUGAGAGAUUUUUGGUUGAUUUUUUUUUUUCUUUCUUUUUUCACGAAUGACAGAAAGCUUUGUGUAAGCAGAUUUUUUUAACUGUUGGAAACGUUUUGGUUUUGACGUGACAUUCCUGCAGCGCGGCAGAAAAGACGUUUGAGUACUUUAAUUACAAUAAAGGAAUGUAUCUCA